AUGAACCAACUUCUCCUAUUAUUCAUUGGCUUUUCUGCCGUUUUUGCUGCCGACACCACCAAGAAAGCUAAAGGGCCAAAAGUUACCGAUAAGGUGUGGUUUGAUAUUGAGUCGGACGGGCGUAGGUUGGGACGAAUCGUCAUUGGCCUCUUUGGUAAAACUGUUCCGAAAACGGCGGAGAAUUUCAUUCAACUUGCUAAGAAACCCAAGAUGUAUCAUCUUCGUCUUGCAUAUGGUAUAGCUGCAUCCUCAUCCAUUUACGGCGAAAAAUUCCCUGAUGAGAACUUCAAACUCAAACAUUAUGGGGCUGGCUGGGUGUCCAUGGCGAACGCG